AUGUUUAUAAUAGUGUAAUAUUCCUUGUGAAUGCUUUAUCAUCAUUAUUAUCCAAGCAUCAGCAUCGACAGCAGCAACAACAUUAUCAUGACAACGAUUGCCCUUGCAUAGAUUUCAGUAUGCCUGUCGUUAUUUGAAUUGAUAUUUGUAUUGUAAGCUGCUUGAUUUGAUAUAUUUUUCCUUCGAAAAAAAAAAUAUUCGCAAAGAACUUCGCUCUCUAUCCAUCACAUUCAUGCUUUGGCGUUGAUUCAAAAUUCCAAGAAAGAGAAGAUAUAUCACUAAAAAAAAUUAUCAUCAUCGGAUGUCAGUGUUCCUUUAUUGUUGAAUAGAAAUUCGUGUAUGUGUAUUUGCAGCUCAAACGACUCGACUAAGAGAAGACGUGGGACAAACGCUGAAAAAAGAACAUGUUUGAACCAAAAAUAUAUGUUGUUUUAAGCUGCGUUUAGUCACAGUGUGUGUCGCUACGACAACGAAUCAUUUGCUGCGAUUAGGCCGGUGUGUAUUUGAUUCGGAUAUAUUAUUUCUUAUCAGAAACACAUAAACAUACAAUUUCCAAUCAGGAACCGAAAAACUUUCCGACACAAAAACAACCAGCACUUCAGUAACUUUGGAGAUAAACGGAAAAACAGUGAAAAAAAGAAUUAACCAAAUUGAAUUGAUUGACACUGGGUUCAUGUUCAGUGAUAUAAAAAUCCCCAAUCAAUUAAUUUAUUCGAUCGAAUGACCAUUUGCCUAAGUGUAAACAAUUUAUGGCAAUAACAUCGAAAUUAAUGAGUGAACAUUGUGUUUUGCGUACGCUUGACAAAGAGAUACACCAGAAAAUUGAUUUCUUUUCUUCGCUGCAUUCCGAAAUCAUAUAUCCGUGAUAAAUCGGAGAAAAGUGUUUGCGUCUGUGCAAACAAAAGUGAAUUAAUUGGUUCCACCGUAAACUUAUCUAAUAUAUUACAAACAAUUGACGCGUGGGCGUCAGGUCAUUACCUGAAGUGUUUUCAAAACGAAAACGAACUGGAGUUUUCUGUCGAAGGGAAGCCGCCUUUGUUUCGUUCAACCACAACUGAAGUAUUGCUGAAACAGAAACCGAAUAGAAAAGAGUGUUCUAUUAUCUCUUCGGUUGUUUUUGAGAUCGAGCGUUGCCAAUUGAGAAUACAAAAGUGUGGAUAAAAAAAAUAAAAAAAGUUUUCCGAAUAAAAAUAGACGGAAGAGAAAAGAAUAUAAGCACCAGCAUUAAGGAAGUGAAUUGAGCUUGACUGUGUAAGAGCAAAUAAGCGAAGAAACAAAAAGCGAAAAUGAACGUAACCGUCGAAAAGACAAAUGCAAAUAGAAAUGGUUGUGCUGAUGUUAAAGAAAAUGGCGAUGGCAACGAAACAACAAAACCAACGGCUAUUUCAUCGGACGUAUCUUUACCGAAUGACGUGCUUGAGCAUCUAUUUCAACGAUAUUCGAUAAAACAACGACGAGCCGGUCUAGAAUGCUUUCUAGCUACCUCAAUUCUAUUCGAUUUGUGGGUGAUUUACGCGCCACUAAAAGAAAAAAGCACCGAAAAUAUCGGUAUCUCAUGUGUAUUUAUAGUAUUUAAUCUAGCGUUAGCUCUCUUCUUACGAUUCUGUGGCAAUAUCAAAUGGCGUGGAGCAAUAUGGGAGAUAGCACCGCAUUUGGCAUGGCUGUUUGCCAUCAUGCAAUUGGCGUUACAGUUAUACUACAAAGGAUAUGUUACAAAUCGCGAUUCCGUUGGAUAUGCAGUGCUGCUGAACUUUUUAGUUUAUGUAACGCUGCCGGUACCUUUGAAUUUUGCUGGAAUUCUACUUGGCAUUGGCACAUUUGUAAUCUACGUAGCUAUGGUUAUCGGAUUUGGAGAACAACAAUUCUACUUUUGGCAUCAGCAAAUUGCGAAUUGUAUUUUGAUGGCAACAGCAGCUGCCAUUGGCUUACUCUGUUACUAUUUGGGCGAAGCAAAACAGCGUCGUGCAUUUUUGGAAGCUAAGAAAAGUCUUGAAGUAAAAAUGGUGAUUGAAGAGCAAUCGGCUGAACAGGAGCGCUUGCUACUAUCCGUACUGCCAGAGCAUGUAGCAGUUAAAGUGCGACAAGAUUUGGGCUCGAACGAUUCGGAACAAUUUAAAAAGAUUUACAUGAGCCGCCAUGAAAAUGUCAGCAUUCUGUAUGCGGAUAUUGUCGGUUUUACAGCCAUCUCAUCCACCUAUUCGGCUCAAGAUCUUGUCAAAAUGCUAAAUGAGCUUUUCGCCCGCUUCGAUCGACUUGCUGAGAAAUAUCAUCAAUUGCGGAUUAAAAUUCUCGGCGAUUGUUAUUAUUGUAUAAGCGGAGCGAAUAUCGAGCGUCCCGACCAUGCUGUAUUAUGUGUUCACAUGGGCCUAUCGAUGGUGAAAGCAAUCAAAUACGUGCAACAAAAAACCAAUUCACCGGUUGAUAUGCGAGUUGGAAUCCAUACUGGCGCUAUUUUGGCUGGCAUCUUGGGGCAGAGACAAUGGCAAUAUGAUGUAUACUCAAAGGAUGUUGAAUUAGCCAACAAAAUGGAAUCAAGCGGAAUGGCCGGACGUGUUCACAUUUCGGAGAAAACGCUACAAUGUUUGAGCGGUGAAUUUGAGGUUGAGCCAGCUUACGGUGAAAAACGUGAGGAAACAUUGCGCAUUGCCGGCCUUAAAACAUAUUUCAUCAAAAAAGUUUUGAUACCCUUUUCGGAAGAGAAUGAGACGAAAAAUGGCGACCAACAGUCAAAUACAAACGUUCAAAUCGAAGAGGAUGGACCAUCCGACACAUUCAAGGAUGAAGAGUCAAAGUGUAAUACGCCUGUCGAUGAAGUAGAUAAGCUUAGCAAAGAGGAGAUUUUCAAGAAUCGCCUACGAAAAGAGCUUGUUAGCCGAGAUGGUCACGGGGAGCUAUCAAAGGAUACAACAAUAUUUUUGCGUUUCAAAAAUAAAGAGCUUGAAACGAGCUAUGUAAAACAACGUGAAUCAAUGUCAUCGGUACCGUUGAUUGCAUCACUGCUCGUUCACAUCGUUGCCAGUAUAUACUCUUCCUUUAUACUUCCAAGUUCGUUCAUUCAUUUUAUUGUCAUUAUUGCACCAAUCAUUUUGAUCGUACCCAUGGUUUGGAUCUCAAUUGCUGAAAGUUUUCCAAUGUAUUUCUCGGAGUCGAUAGUCAAUAUCAGUAAACGUUUCAACGACAUCCAUAUUUUACGACGUACAGCGGCAAUUUUGACAAUAGCAAUUGUUGGAUGCACAAAUUUAUUUGAUAUGCUGAUGUGUGCAUCGGCAAUGGACCGCCUGCCAAGCAAUCACAGCACCACAAAUGUCAGUCAACGUGAAAACGAAACCGAUACACUUAGCAUAAAUGGAUUAUCAGACGAUGGUGGAGCGACAUCGCCGUUUGCAUCAACGGCUUGCACAUAUUUUCCGUCGUACUUCAGUAAUUAUGCCAUUUUAAUAUUGGUGGCAACAUCGGUGGUCGUACAAUUGACACAUGUGUGCAAAUUCGUAUUAAUGCUCAUAAUUGCAGGACUUCAUUGUUACAUGAAUUUAUUCCAAUUGGACAGUCACUUAGAUCCAGCGUUGCAACGCAGUUUGUCUGUUUUAUUGCUUCUUGUUUCGGUCGCAUUGGGGCUACUCUCACGACACAUGGAUAAAGAGGAUCGCGUUAUAUUCAAAUGGAAAACAGAAGUGGCCGAACAAAAAGAGAUGGCCAGCGAUAUGCGACGCCGUAAUGAAAAGCUGGUUUACAACAUUUUACCAAUACAUGUUGCUGAAUAUUUUAUACGCAACAAAUCACGUUCAUACGACGAACUUUAUUCACAAAGUUACGACGAAGUUGGCGUUUUAUUUGCAAGCAUGCCAAAUUUUUCCGACUUUUAUUCAGAAGAUGCGGUUAACAAUCAAGGACUUGAAUGUUUACGAUUUCUCAACGAGGUCAUUUCGGAUUUUGAUGCUUUGCUUGGUGUGCCACAGUUUCAAGAUGUUAUUAAAAUCAAAACCAUUGGAAGCACAUAUAUGGCAGCGGUUGGUUUGAACAAUGUACGCUCGGUUAAGGCAGACGAUUCGAUUGCCGUGCGAUGGAAUCACUUGGCAACGCUUGUUGAAUUUGCACUUGAACUGAAAAAAGCAUUACAAUGCAUAAAUGAACAGAGCUUCAACCAUUUCGUUCUGAAGAUGGGAAUCAAUCAUGGACCCAUCACAGCUGGAGUUAUUGGAGCACGCAAACCACACUAUGAUAUUUGGGGUAACACGGUGAAUGUGGCGAGUCGAAUGGAGAGUACCGGUAAAGCUGGCGCUAUCCAAGUAACCCAAGAAACAUGCGAAAUCCUACAAACAUUUGGCUAUACAUUUGAACAGAGAGGUUUGGUUGCCGUCAAAGGAAAGGGGCAACUCAUGACAUACUAUUUGCAGGGUAAACAAUCGGAUGGAGUCCAAAACGCUACAUCAUUUUCACCAUCAUUUUCGCACAAUGCAAAACCCAUCAUAAGCAAUCCAGCAUCACCAAAAUCGACUGUCAUCCAAAGCGGCAACGAUCUCAAUUCAGUGCCAUCAUCAACGCCCCAAACCAAUCUAAAAUCAGCCACAUCACCAUUGUCUUCAUGCUCAAAUAGUCCAAGUAGUGUUCGAAUUAAUCAAAAUUACGAUCCAAAUAGUCUUAAAAAGCAGACACCAAACGAAGAGGCUAACAAUUUAAAUCACACCACCAAUGCAGACGGUGAAUGUGAUUUGGAUAAUUCAGAUGAUGGCGAUAAUAAACCAUUGCUCAAUGCCAAUGAAAAUGAUACACAAAUUAUCACAAAACGUUCAAAUAAUCGAUGUGAAAAGGUCGAUCAAGAUUCGGCCACAAAAGCUGAUAGCGACAAUGAAAGUGAUACAUUGAUCGCAAACAAUCAUAACUAAAUAAAUUUGUAGUUGAAUUAUCAUUAUGUGUAGAUGCGUACAAUCAAGUGAAGGUAGCAAAUCAACAAGUUAUAUAUAUAUAGAUUAAUUCUAGUUUAUUUUCAAUCUUUCUGUACCUUUAAAUUGGUUAACUCUCUAGACAAUUGAAGUUUUCGAAAGCAAAUUGAAGACGGGCCGGAAUUUAUCGGCCGGCUCAGUUUCAUUUUGUAGUGAAUAUACUCUGUAAAAAUAUGGAACACAAACGAUGGAUGUUAAGAUACAUUGGGGUUUCGAUGGAAAAUAAUGCUCAAUCGAAAAUUCAACUUGCGUUCAAACAAAAUCUCUUCGAGCAUCAAUUCAUUGGAAUCAAACACAGUCAGAAAUCGUUUACAAUUUGGAUGGUUAUACAUUUCUGGCAACAACUUUUCUAUUUGCUAGGUCAUUUUUUCAGGCCUUAUGUCCAAUAUUCGAGAAAUUUCGGCUUUCUUUCAAGAAAAUUCUGUAGCCAGAAUAUUUUUCAAAUGAACAUUUAUGUAUUUUACGUUAAAAGCUCCAAAUUUUCUGCUACUUUCAUCAAAAUGUUGUCAAAAAAAGAUGAAAAUGUUUCCUGGAGCAAUCCAUGCGAGGAGGAGUGCUCGGAGGGGUACUGAGGAGCAGAGCUCCUCCACAUUAAGGAUCGAAUUAUUAAAAACUGAAAAAUAAUUUAAAAUGAUAAUAUUAAUCAGAGAUGCUUCGGUUCUACAAAGCACUGCUCCUCCCACAUAUUGUUCCGACAAAAAUUCUCUGUUUCAAGCCAAGUGAUAUAUAAAAAAACGAUGUGAUGGGUCAUUUUUUGGCCUAUAAGUAUUCCGAUUGGCACUGAUAAUAACGAACCAAUGAAUUAUGACUCAAAAGCCCAAACAUGUUUUCGACUGAAUGAGUUCUUGAUAUAAGAUUAGAUUAAAGUGAAAAAAGAACCUAAUUUACACAUCAGAAAAGCUUAUAAUUACUCUAUAUUUGAGUUUGAGCACAAAAUUAACAUUUUUAGUGAUUUGAGCCACAAAAAAAUGGCCUAAAAUAAACUAAAGAAAAAUUAGUUUAUUUGGAGCCAUUUGAGUAUUCAAUGAAAGUUAAACUUAUUCAAAAGAAUAAUCAUCAGAAACAUAUACAGCAACAUCAACAAACAAAUAUUUUACUUCAUAAAUGUGAUGUAACUAAUAUACAGAAAUAAUUAGUCAAAAAAGGUAGCAAAACUGAGUUACGAUUUAGUAAUGAAAAUAAAUGUACAUUUUAUUAAAUUUAAUGAACGUUCCUGCGUUAAAGUAUGCAUUAAAAAAACUCACUCAUGUGUGCACACAUACACAGACACAAAGAGAAGAACUACCAUGCACAAAAACCAACGCUAUUUUCAAGAAAAUGUCAUAUACCUCACUCACGUCUCGAUACUACUACAAUAUAUUGGAAAUCUCUGUUUCCAAACUCAUCUCACCAUGCAUGAACUAACACGGACGAUUCAUAAACAUAUACACUUUGUAACAUUGAGUCUCUUUAUUGUUUUUUUUUCUCUCAUAAAUGUAAAUUACUUCUAACAAAUGUUGAAAUCAGCUAAUGACCAAAAAUACUUGUAGCAAAUUAGAAAUGCAGCGUGCAAUUCAUACGACUUAUUUAUUAUAAUAAAACCAAUGGAAUGCGUUUCCAUUCAAAACUCUUUUUGAAUAUCGUUUCCAACUAGUUGUCAAAUGGAGGAAUAUGUAGACGAAUUAGUUUAGAAUGUGAAACAAAUUUGUUUUUUUCGAUCGUUGAACGCGAUUGAAGUGGCAAGAAAAAAAAGAAGUGAUUUAGGCAGCAUUUAUUGAAUUAGAUGGGAAAAAGAUGUGAAAGUAGAAAAAAUUGAAAAAAAUUGUAUAGAAUGUGCAAAAGGUCCCUUUCCUCCUAUGAAAAAAAGAAAAAAAAAUGGAAAUCUGAUGUACGAAUACAAACACCAAGUAAAAUGCAUUGAAUAUUCAUGUACGCCUUUGGCCUAACAGUACCAUUGAAAAUGAAUUUUCAACAUAGCAAUAUUUGUAUAGAAAAACUUUUUACUUCUUCACUGUAGUCUAUGUCUCACUUUUCGUUUUCAAUCGCAUUUCGAUGCGGAAGUUUUUGUUUGUAGUCUCAUUGUUAAUAUUAAUUAGUUCAAAUACUAUUUAAAUAAUAAGCAGCUGAAAAUUUGUUUCUAAGAAGCUUUAUGUGCUGUUCUUUAUAAAAGUCGAAAACCUUCUAAGGUCUUGAAAUGAUUAUUUAAAAUAAUUUAUUUUUAACAUGGAAAAGUAAAUUUAAAAUUAUUGUUAUUAUUUGAAUGAAAAAAAAAAAGGAAACCAACAAAAGAAAACUCGAUACUGUAAUGGUGACCAAUUCUAAAAGACAUGCAUUUUACGAAAAUUCUUCAACAUAUUGCCUGAUUUCGUUGUCACAAAUCAUGGACACAAAAACAAAACGUUAAAUAAAUAUAUGAAUACCAA